AAACCGAAUAAGCUUGCGAGUAGUGGUUCCGUUUCGUACACGUUGGAUGGAAUCAUUCAUUAGAAGUUUACUCGUCGACUCGAACGGUUCGCUCGGUGUCCAGUCCGCCGCCGUCUACAUUGAAAUACCGCGAAUCUGUGAGCAGCCUGCUGCGGUUCCGUGUGCUUGUGAGACGCUUAAUAGCCUCUCUGUAUUUAUAAGUCGUUAGUUGGCUACCUCUCCAUCAAUACUAGCUUAAAGUGGCCGCGCGUCGACAAACAUAAGAAAAUAAGGUGACGACCAUCAGGGUGUGGUGAUUUAAGCUUGGAGGAGUCUCGAAGAUUUCGUUGAUUUAAAAUUAGGAUUUUAGGAAGUUUGGAUAGUUUUUGGGAUUACAGAAUAACGAUUUUAUGUGCAAGUGACCUCUGGAAAGUGAAGUGAAGAUGAGUCGAGUCAAGUUGAAUGCGUUUGUGGUGAUUGGAGUGCUGCUGCCACUUGUUUGCGUUGCCCAGAGAACUCCGUCCAUUUCGUACAUUACUCAGGAACAGAUUAAGGACAUCGGAGGUACGGUCGAGCUCGAGUGUUCCGUCCAGUAUGCCAAAGAAUACUCCGUCCAUUGGAUCAAAACGGGCCGGGACCGGUCCGAUGUAGUGUUCCUCUCGACGGGCAGCGCCCUCGUUCUCAAGGACUCCCGUUUCUCGCUCCGGUUCGAUCCGUCCUCGUCCAGCUACAUCCUGCAGAUCAAGGAUAUCCAGGAAACCGAUGCCGGAGUGUAUCAGUGCCAGGUGGUGCUCUCGGUGACCAACAAGAUCACGGCCGACGUCGAACUUCAGGUUCGUCGCCCGCCCAUCAUCUCCGACAACUCCACCCAGUCGCUGGUCGUGUCCGAAGGUCAGUCCGUUCAGAUGGAAUGCUACGCCUCGGGCUACCCGUCGCCACAGAUUACCUGGCGUCGCGAGAACAACGCUAUCUUGCCAACAGGUGGCGCAAUCUACACCGGCAACGUCAUGAAGAUCAACUCCGUCCAGAAGGAGGACCGCGGCACGUACUACUGUGUGGCCGAUAACGGCGUCAGCAAGGGCGACCGGCGCAACAUCAACCUGGAGGUGGAGUUCUCGCCGGUCAUCAGCGUACCGCGGCCACGUCUGGGCCAGGCGCUGCAGUACGACAUGGAUCUGGAGUGCCACGUGGAAGCCUACCCGUCGCCGGCCAUCGUGUGGGUCAAGGACGACGUCCAGCUGUCCAACAACCAGCACUACGGUAUCUCGCUGUUCGCCACGGCGGACGAGUUCACCGAUACGACCCUGCGGGUGAUCACCAUCGAGAAGCGCCAGUACGGCGAGUACUACUGCCGAGCCAUCAACAAGCUGGGGCAAGCCGAGGCCAAGGUGGAACUGUUCGAAACGGUCAUUCCGGUGUGUCCGCCGGCUUGCGGACAGUCGUACUACGGAGGCGACGCCAGUGCGGUGUCCGUGUCCAGUUUCCUGCUAGUGGUCACCGCAUUGGCCGCGCUGUUUUAAGGGUGCCCCUUUCAAUAAGUGGAUGUGGCAAAAGGUUUUUGCGACAGUUGGAAAACUAGCAUGCAUUAUAACAGAGUUUUUUUUUACUAUUAUUUCAAAUUUUUAAUCAAAUUAUGUUCCAAAACUUUUCACGAGUGUUUCGACUCAUUCAAUCAUACAGUACAAGAGUUUCUAGUAUUAUAUACUCGUUUAUUAUCGGAAAUCUUUUACAUAUAAAAAGUAAAAAUUCCAUAAAUUCUAAUGGAAAUUUCCAUUUUUAAUCAAUUACUUUUCAAAUUUUGUUUUUUGCAUGUUCUGUAUUCUAUGGUUGCUUCACCUAUGCUGCAUGUCUACUUUAGGAAAUGCGGUGCUGAUGCACGUUUUCGCCACGCCCCGCUCAAAGGAUCACUCGACAACGAUAGUGUGCACGAGAGAUAGGACAUUUUUAAAAGUGACAAGGAAAGGAAAAGCUUCACAAGGGGUCACAUUCCAGUUGGAAAAAAUGGUUACAAUUGGAAAUGGUGAUUUCCUAGCUAAAUAAAACAAAAUAAAAGGGGAUGUAUCAAUCCAGAAGAAGCAAUUUUCAGUGGGAUUAGAUUCUGCUGAUCGGAAAACUAAUGAAAUAUCAACAUUCCAAUUCAAUUUUAAGAAAUGAAGAAUCGAAUGCGGAAGCUAACUGAAUAUAAACGAGCUAGAGUUUUCCACGAAUAUUAUUAAAAUCGUAUUUAAUAAUGGAAAAUGACUUCUAUUCAGAAAGGCGUUCAAGUUUAAGUCGUCCAUUUUCGCGAUAAAUUGUAACAUAAACAGAAAAGAUGUUUAGCAUAGGGCUAUUAAGAUAAACUAUGAACAUUUACACAAUAUAGUAGCAUUAGAUUAGAACCGAUUACUAACGAAAAUAAAAAACAACUCAAGAAUCUCAAUUAAAAAAAAAACAUUCCGUUUGUUAAACUUCCAACGCAAAGUGACAAAAUGCGAUAAUUACGCGAAAAACCAAGCGAAAGACUUUUUUGAAGUAACUUAUGUAAUCUCCGCGGUUCAGUGAAACCUAGUGCCGUCCAAGCAUAACAUUACAUUCCCAUUUACUCCACCUCAUUGAAAGGUAUUUUAGCCGUGUCAUCAGUUAACAAACAGUCCAAUUUUUAAUCGUAUUUGUAUUGCAAUUUUUGGUUGCGUUAAGUCAUCAUAUGUACUCAAUUUUUGGGGAUAAACUUCCGCAGAAUGGCAAUAGGUAGUUUUUUUUUGUUGGAUAAAGAUCUGAGCAACAGCAGAUGAUGACGGAAAAUAACAAUCAGAAAAGUGUAAAGUGAAACUGUAUUUGAGAUAGCUAAUCGACGAUUUGAAGCAAAAGAUCUGAUGAAAAUAUAGUGAUGUGUAGCUCUGUCGGGUAAAAUAAAGAAGUUU